AUGGACGGCUACCACGGCUGCGUGUUCGCCUACGGGCAGACGGGGAGCGGCAAGACCCACACGAUCUUCGGCGGGCCCGCAGAAGAGCGCGGGCUGGUGCCGCGCAUCGCCGAGGAUCUGUUCGCAGGGCUGGAGCCCGGCGGCGGGGACAGCGCCGUGAGGCUGUCCUAUCUGGAGCUCUACAACGAGAAGGCGAGAGACCUGCUGAGCCCCGCAGCGCACGGCUCUCCGCCCUCCCUGGAGGUCCGGGAGCACCCGCGCGUGGGCGUGUUCGUCCAGGGCCUGACGAAAAAUCGGGUGCACAGCGCGGGGGAGGUCGCCAGGCUCCUCGACUUUGGCCACAGGGUGCGCGCGGUUGGCCGGACGAACAUGAACGCUGUGUCCUCCCGCUCCCAUGCCAUCGUCACCUUCCACGUGGAGCGCGCGGUCCUCGGAUCGGGCAGUGGAGGCGACCCCUUCUGCUCGAGGCGCCGACGGGCGCAGCUGCACGCAGUGGACCUGGCGGGCUCGGAGAGGCUGUGGCAGACGGGCGACUCGGAGGUUCGCCAGCACGAGAGCAAGCAAAUCAACAAGAGCUUGCUCGCUCUCAGCACCAUGAUCUCCCGGCUGGCCGACCGCGAGAAGGGAUCGAAGUUCGGCGGCGCGGCGAAGUCUUACGUCCCCUACAGGGACAGCAAGCUGACGUUCCUCCUCUCGGAGUCCCUCAUGGGCAACUGCAAGACUGCCAUGCUCGCCUGCAUCUCCCCGUCCGCGCAGUGCUUCUCGAUGACCGAGUCCACGAUCCGCUUCGCCGAGUCCGUGAAGCGAAUCAGGACGAGGCCCGUGCGCAACGAGGAGGUGGAGGGCGACCUGCUCCGAGCGCUGCAGGCCGAGCUCGGCGGCCUCCGGCAGCAGCUGCAGGCCGCGGAGGGCGCGGCCACGGGCGCCGGGCAGGACGUCGGGCGCAGGCUCGCCGAGGACCUCGAGGUGGCGCGCAGUCUCACGGACGAGCUGAGCAUGACCCCGGCCGAGGAGCAGGCCCUCACCGCCCGCGCGGACGCGCGCCGGCAGCGCUCGCUGGCCAGCCUGGGAGGCGCCGCCUCGGAGGCGGCCGCGGCGGACGAGCCGCCGCCGCCGCCGGGCGACGAGCGCGCGCGGCGGCUGGCGCGCAGCGAGGAGCGGCUGCCGCAGCGGGGCAGCGGCCCCAGCGGCGGGCUGCGGCGGCAGUCGCCGGCGCGGGCCGUCGUGCCGCCCAUCUGGUGA